AUGAUGGAGAGGAUAAGAAAAGAGAUGAUAUUGAUGGAGAGAGGUCUGCACAGUCCGGUCGCAGGGAAGAGGCUCGCAGACACGCCUGGAAAUUCAGUGCUGGAGGCCCUGGAAAACUCUCAGCACAGCGGACGGCUAAGCCCGAGAAUAACUUCGGCUUCUCUCCAUGGAAACCUGGGGGACAUCCCGACGAAAGGCAAAUUUGAAAUUGAGAGUCUUUUCGGUUCACACCACAACAGUGAGAAUACCUCCUCGGCGGAAAUUUCCUCGUCAGAAAGCAGGAAGAAGAUGAGCCUUUACUCCGAAGUUUCGCCAGAUUCAGAUAUUAACAGUGAUGUGGAGGUGGGAUGCCCUGCGCACCGCUCCCCGAGCCAGCACAAGGAGAACAACAAAGGUUUUUCAGACAGUAAUUCUGGCUCUUCCAGCUCAAACUCCCUCUCGAAUAUGAACGGUAAUUCAACGGGAGGAUCAAACAAUUCAAAUUCCGACCAAGUGAGAAGGUAUCGGACUGCUUUCACCAGAGAACAAAUCGGAAGACUGGAAAAGGAGUUUUACAGGGAAAAUUACGUUUCGAGACCAAGAAGAUGUGAAUUAGCCGCAGCGCUAAAUCUGCCCGAAACUACGAUUAAGGUGUGGUUCCAGAACAGGCGGAUGAAGGAUAAAAGGCAGCGUUUGGCGAUGUCCUGGCCCCAUCCAGCAGACCCCAGCUUCUACACUUACAUGAUGACGCACGCGGCAGCUACAGGAAGUCUACCUUACCCUUUCCACUCGCACAUGCCUCUACAUUACUACCCGCACGUCGGUGUCACGGCAGCAGCAGCCGCCGCCGCCGCCUCGGGGCCGCUCGUCACCUUUCGCACUUCCAUCCGGCCCCUCGAUACCUUCGAGCCGCUCUCACCAACCCUACUGCGGCCAGAGCUCUUGUGCAGCUUCCAGGCACCCGGGAUUCUACCAGUCACGCAGCCUAAUAUCUUCAGCGGCGGCAUCGGCGCGGCUGCGGCUGCGGCGGCGCGGCGCGGUCAGCGCCCGUCAGCACGGCCUUGUUCGUGUCUGAGCGCCACAGCAGCAGCGGCGAGCGCGGUGGGCUCCCGGAGCUCCAGCGCUGUUACCUGCACAGCAUCCGGCAAAGAUCCGAGAGUGAUUCUGCCGUAUUCUGCCGCGUUCUCAGCAAAGACCUCAGUCCGUGCGAGCAACCAGGAUGAAGAAAGA